AUGAAGUUUUUUCCUUUCCUUCUCCUCCUUGUUCUCUUGUUCAAUUAUGCCUUUUCUGAAUCUGUUGUUGGUGUUGGCUACCAACUCAUGGUGGCAGUUCCUGUUGAGUAUGAAAUGGAUUUUAAAGGGAGGGCUUUUCUUAUGGAGACCAAUCAGACAGCACCAAAUUUCAGAGUAGCAUUGAGCAUUGAGGCCAUCAACGGAAAAUACUCAUGCUCAUUGGAAGUUUUCCUUGGGGAUGUGAAAGUAUGGGAUUCUGGUCAUUACUCCAGGUUUUACAUCACUGAGAAAUGCUUGCUAGAGCUCACUAUGGAUGGAGAUUUAAGGCUGAAAGGUCCAAAAGAGAGAGUGGGAUGGAAGACUGGGACUUCUGGACAGGGGGUGAAGAGAUUGCAGAUACUGAGGUCUGGCAAUUUAGUGCUUGUAGAUGCACUGAACAAUAUAAAGUGGCAGAGUUUCAAUUUUCCAACGGAUGUUAUGCUCUGGGGUCAGCAACUCGAUAUUGCAACUCGCUUGACAUCUUCCCAAAGCAACUCAAGUUUGUUCUACUACUCUUUUGAAAUUGAGGACAAGAAAGUCGCUAUGUACUUGAACUAUGGUAAGUUGAGGUAUUCUUACUGGGGUUUUCAGCCUUCCAUGAAUAGAAGUAUUACAUAUGUUAAGCUGAGUUCAAGAGGGUUGGUGUUGUUUGAUGUCAAGUACAAGAAAAUAGCACAAAUUCCAUCAGAGGGAAUUCACCCGCUAAGAUUUCUAGCACUGAAGAAAGAUACAGGAAACUUUGGCCUCUAUUACUAUUCACCUGAGAAAGGAAAGUUUGAGGCCUCUUUUCAAGCACUUAACAGCACAUGUGAUCUUCCAAUUGCUUGUAGACCUUAUGGGGUAUGUACAUUCUCCAAUUCCUGCUAUUGUAUUCAGCUUUUGACAAAUGAAAACAAGGGUGGUGCUGAUUGCAGUGGGGAAAUUUCAGGAGGGUUUUGCAAUGGUAAAGAAGCAGAAAUGCUAGAACUUGAUAACAUCGGUAGUGUGCUUCAAAAUGUAACUAAAAUGGUCAAUAUUAGCAAAAAAGAUUGUGCAGAUUUGUGCUUACAGGACUGUAAAUGUGCUGCUGCUUCAUAUUUUGGAAACGCAAGCUCAGAAGCAACAGAAUGUUAUCUUUACAAACUAGUGCUGGGUCUCAAACAGGUAGAUAAAGGCACUGGAUUUAGUUACAUGGUUAAGGUCCCAAAGGGAACUGGUAAAAAUCACGAGAGGCAUAACGUCAAAAGAUGGGUGUUGGUUGUGGUUGGAGGGGUUGAUGGAUCCAUUAUUCUACUUCUUGUUGGAGGGUUCGGGUACUGGUUGGUUAGAAGGAGAAGUCAUACCUUGCAUUCUCAGGCCAGCACUACGUAG